AUGUCUAGCAUCUUUAACAAGUACACACGCGUGCCCACCAACGCGACACUACCGACAUCCGCCUCAGAUACCCGCUCCUCGUCAUCAUCCGGCGGCUUUGGGCGUGCACGUACACGCUGGGCUCUAAUAGCCGCUGCCUUAUUCGCGUUGCUUCUGUUCUUCGGCUUCGCCUCAUCAGAUCCAGAGACGUCGGCGACGUGGAAAGCGAAAGCCGGUGAAUAUGCGGGUAAGUUGCCCUGGGGCAAGACACCCCCCAAGUCGACCUUUUCCAGUCUCAAGGAUGUCGACGGCAACGAGUUCCAACGAUGGCUCAACGGCUCCGGCCGCGCCGAUCUGCACUACGAUUCGCCCUUCAAUCCGGAGGACGUGACCCUCACCGAGGAUGAGUGCGAUACCUUCUUCCCUGGGUUGUGGAAGGAAAUCGAGCGCAGUGUCGAUUACUUUACAGAGCACCCUUUGACUGCCGACUAUCUCGACAAGGUGUGCGACGACGGCAUCUGGUCGCACGCCCGUGUGGUGAUCCACAACAACCGCGUCUACCUCAAGUACUUCCAGCAGUCGGCAUUCACACGUGUCAACUCGGCACUCGCCCUACUCUUCCAAUCUGUGGUCGGUUCUAGGGAAAAGCUGCCUGAUGCCGAGUUCUGCCUCAGCGCCAACGACUGGGGCAGCAUGGGCAAGUUCUCGCUCGAUCGUGCGCCGUACCUCGAAGACCUCUGGUUGAUGCCGGACUACGGCUUCUACUCGUGGCCUGAGCCGGGCAUCGGCUCGUACACCGAGCAUCGCGAAAAGACGCUGCAGGUGGAACUCGCGACGCCAUGGGAUCAGAAGGUGCCCAAACUCUUCUGGCGUGGCGCUAUGCACGUAGGCACCGCGGACCGAAAAGCCUUGCUCGCGGCAGCAGAGAAGCACGACUGGAGCGACGUCAAGCCCUUGGAUUGGGACAACCGAGAAGGUUUUGUCACCAUGGAAGGCCACUGCAAGUGGAAGUUCCACGCCUUCCCCGAGGGCAUGACCUACUCUGGCCGUCUGCGAUACCUACAAAACUGCCGCUCGGUCAUCGUCACCCACGAACCGCGCUGGAUCCAACACUGGACGCAUCUCUACAACGCCGACCCAGCCUCGCCCGAUCAGAACAUCGUCUUUGUCCCCGAGUACAAGGGCGACGACCCGGGCGUCGAGGUUGAAGACGACCGUGGACAAGUGUUCCGAGACACCACCUGGAUGCGGCUCCCCGAAGUCAUGGACGAGCUCCUCCAGGACGACGCCAAGGCCAAAAGGAUCGCCGACAACCAAUGGUCCUUCUUCCGAGAGCGAUACAUCAGCCCCGCCAGCGCUGCCUGCUACUGGAGGAAGGCCAUCAAGGCCUAUGCGGGCGUCCAGAAGUUCCAGGUCAACUACACGGGCACCGAGACGAGCUACGAGAGCUUCCUGCUGCUCGGCAACAAGUUGCAGCGAAUCGCAGAGUGA